AUGGCGCCCGCCCGCCGGACGGUCGCGGCGCUGCUCGCCCUCGCAGCAAUGCAGCCGCCCGCCCUCGCGGGCGCCCAGGACGGCGCCGAGGAGUGCGCCGCGCCGGGGGCCUGCCUCGGCGAGGCAGAGGUGGAGGCCGCGGAGCACACGGAGGCCGACGCGCUGAGGGUGGAGCUCCUGCAGUCCAAGUCGGCCGCGGUACGGGCGUCGGCGAGGUUGAGCGCCGGCGCGGGUCGCGCCAAGUGCACCAACUCCAAAGGCGUCGUCUUCGACUGCUCAGGGGAGGGCGAGGUGUGCUGCGGCGACGCGUGCAUGGCGCCCAGGGGCACCUGCUGCACGAACGUCAUGGGCCACAGCUUCCCGUGCGGCGAGAACAGCACGUGCUGCGGCGACACGUGCAUGGCCCCCGAGGGCGCCUGCUGCGCGAACUCGCAGGGCAGCCACUUCCCGUGCGGCAAGGGCAGCGUGUGCUGCGGCGACGUGUGCAUGUCCGAGGGCGGCUCCUGCUGCAAGAACUCGCUCGGCGCCCACUUCCCGUGCGGCGAGGGCAGCACGUGCUGUGGCGACUCGUGCAUGGCCGCUGGCGGCGCCUGCUGCUCCAACUCCCUGGGCCACAACUUCCCAUGCGGCAAGGGCAGCACGUGCUGCGGCAACGGGUGCGUGGGACCCAACAGCGUGUGCUGCACGAACAGACAGGGCUACCGGUACCCGGUCGUUCGCGGCACGAUGUGCGUCGGGUAG